CCAGACUGGUUAUACGUACCUUCCCUCCUUCUCCCAGUAGAAGGCAGAAACACCUCAAAGCCUGCAUGUAAGAACAUCUACUGGGAAAUUAUUUUAAUCAGACACCAGCUGAGUGGGAGAAAGAAAAAGAGCAGAGAAGAACAAGCAAAACUCCCUCGGCCGUGGAUGUAACAGAAGCCAGCCGCAGCGAUGGACUGGCACUCCUUCAGAACUGCUGCGGUGCUACUCAUUUUCCUGGUGGUGCUUGAAGUUAACAGUGAAUUUCAUAUCCAGGUAAGAGACCAUAACGCCAAAAAUGGUACCAUCAGUUGGCACACCAUCAGAAGGCAGAAACGUGAGUGGAUCAAGUUCGCAGCAGCUUGUCGGGAAGGUGAAGACAACUCAAAGAGAAACCCUAUCGCCAAAAUUCAUUCUGAUUGUGCCGCAAACCAGCAAGUGACAUACCGCAUCUCUGGAGUAGGAAUUGACCAGCCACCUUAUGGAAUCUUCGUUAUUAAUCAAAAAACCGGUGAAAUCAAUAUAACAUCCAUCGUUGACCGGGAAGUCACCCCCUUUUUCAUUAUCUACUGCCGAGCAUUGAAUGCACAAGGCCAGGAUUUGGAGAGCCCACUGGAGCUUAGAGUCAGGGUUAUGGAUAUAAAUGACAACCCUCCUGUGUUUUCCAUGACUACAUUUACAGGACAAAUAGAAGAAAAUUCUAAUGCAAACACACUGGUCAUGAAACUUGAUGCCACCGAUGCAGAUGAGCCAAAUAACUUGAACUCGAAGAUAGCUUUCAAGAUCAUAAGACAAGAACCUUCAGAAUCACCAAUGUUUAUCAUCAACAGAGGCACUGGAGAAAUCCGAACAAUGAAUAAUUUUCUAGACAGAGAGCAAUAUAGCCAGUAUUCCCUUGUGGUGAGAGGCUCAGACCGUGAUGGUGGGGCAGAUGGCAUGUCUGCAGAAUGCGAGUGCAACAUCAGAAUCCUGGACGUCAAUGACAACAUCCCAUACUUGGAGCAGUCAUCUUACGCCGUCAGCAUCGAAGAAAACGCAAUGCACUCGCAGCUAGCACAGAUCAGAGUCAUUGAUUUGGAUGAGGAGUUCUCAGACAACUGGAAGGCACUCCUUUUUUUUAUCUCUGGAAAUGAGGGAAAUUGGUUUGAAAUAGAAAUGAAUGAAAGAACAAAUGUGGGAAUUCUAAAGGUUGUCAAGCCCUUAGACUACGAAGCCAUGAAGAAUAUGCAACUUAGCAUUGGUGUGAGAAAUGUAGCUGAAUUCCACCAGUCCAUUAUUUCUCAGUAUAGAAUCACAGCAACUAUGAUCACUGUGACUGUGUUGAAUGUAAUUGAGGGCUCAGUGUUCCGGCCAGGUUCAAAGACCUUUGUAGUGAAUAGUCAAAUGGGAGCAAAUUACAAAGUGGGAGACUUUACAGCUACCGACCUGGACACUGGCCUAGUUUCAACAAAUGUUAGAUAUGUAAUGGGAAAUAACCCGGCUGACCUGCUGGCUGUUGACUCAAGAACAGGCAUAAUAACUUUAAGAAACAGAGUUACGAUGGAACAAUACGAAACGCUUAAUAAGAGAUAUGAAGGAACAAUACUGUCAAUAGAUGAUAAUCUUCAAAGGACCUGCACUGGGACAGUCAUCAUCGACCUUGAUGGCUCUGGCUGGGUGACAGGCACAGAGACCAACACAGGAGAUGGUGGCAGUACAGAAGGCGGAGGUGGCAGUACAGGAGGUGGUGACAGUACAGGAGGAGGUGACACAAGUGAAAACACUUCCACUGAGGAAAUGCAAGUCACCACGGGAUCAUGGGAAAAUGGCGACAAUGGCGACAAUAAUGGCAGAGGUCCCUACGAUAAUGGUGAUGGCACUGGCAUUGACCGGCAACCAGGUGGAGACAACGUUCACUUGGGUCCUGCAGGCAUUGGGCUGCUCGUCAUGGGGUUCUUAAUCCUAGGGUUGGUCCCAUUCUUGUUGCUCUGCUGUGAUUGUGGAGGUGCCUCUGGUGGUGGAGCUGGCUUUGAGCCUGUUCCAGAAUGUUCUGAUGGAGCAAUUCACACAUGGGCAGUAGAAGGCCCACAACCUGAACCCCACGAUGGUAUAGCCACCAUCUGUGUGCCACAGAUGCUACCUGGUAAUGGCAACAUUAUAGAAUGCAUUGACAACUCAGGAGUUUAUACAAAUGAGUACUGUGGCAGAGAAAUGCAAGAUCUGGGAGGAGGAGAGCGAACAACAGGAUUUGAACUAAUGGAUGGAGUUAAAACAUCGGCCGCCCCCGAGAUAUGCCAAGAAUACACAGGAACAUUAAGAAGAAACUCGAUGAGAGAAUGUAGAGAUGGAGGUCUCAAUAUGAAUUUCAUGGAAAGUUACUUCUGUCAGAAAGCUUAUGCUUACGCGGAUGAAGAUGAAGGACGCCCAUCCAAUGACUGUUUGCUCAUCUAUGACAUUGAAGGUGUAGGCUCCCCUGCAGGUUCUGUGGGCUGUUGCAGCUUCAUUGGAGAAGAUUUAGAUGAAAGCUUCCUGGAUACCUUGGGACCCAAGUUUAAGAAGUUGGCAGACAUUAGCCUGGGAAAAGAAAUAGACUCAUAUCCAGACCCAGAACCUUCUUGGCCUCCUCAGAGCACCGAACCAGUGUGCCUCCAGCAAACAGAGGCAAUCUCCCCACAUUUUGGCACUACCACAGUAAUCUCUGAGAACACCUACCCCUCCGGUCCCAGUGUACAGCAUCCUAUGCAGAUUCCUGACCCUCUAGGCUAUGGUAAUGUCACUGUGAUGGAGUCAUACACCAGCUCUGGCACUCUGAAGCCCUCUGUCCACUUUCACGAUAACCGACAGGCUUCAAAUGUGGUGGUGACAGAGAGGGUGGUGGGCCCCAUCUCUGGUGCUGAUUUGCAUGGGAUGUUAGAGAUACCCGACUUAAGAGAUGGAUCAAAUGUUAUAGUGACAGAAAGGGUAAUAGCCCCAGGCUCAAGUCUGCCCACCACUCUGACCAUUGCUAAUCCUAGAGAGUCUUCAAAUGUGGUUGUGACAGAAAGAGUGAUCCAACCAACUUCCAGCAUGAUGGGCAACCUGAGCGUGCCCCCUGAGUUAUCAAAUGCCCACAAUGUGAUUGUGACAGAGAGGGUGGUUUCUGGGGCUGGUGUGAGUGGAAUGAGUGGCACCACCGGGAUAGGUGGAGUUGGAGGCGUAGGUGGCGGCAGCCUGGUUAGCACCACCAUGGGUGCUGGUGGAGGGGGCUUGAGUGGGGUUGCGGUAGGUGGAGGUGGGACCCUGAGCAGCAUGGGCGGAACAGCCACUAUUGGCCACAUGAAGAGUUCUUCUGACCAUCACUUUAGCCAGACAGUUGGAUCUGCCUCCCCUAGCAUGGCUCGAAGUCGAAUCACAAAGUACAGUACAGUACAGUAUACCAAGUAGUCAGGGUCCCAAGUACUGUUCACCAUCAUCAUUGUGAUUUACAUUCAACUCCUGCCCCCCCAAUCUAACAGUGCAAUUUAUGAUGCAGAGAAGGUUAGAGGAGACCUGUGGAGGAAGGUGAGGAGCCACAGUGAGAGUAAGAAACGGAAACAUCACACGGGGAGAAUGCUCCCCGCACUGGUAAACUUUCUUAUAUUAAUACGAAAGAAGUAAUGACAGUGAAAUUGAGCAGUCUUAUUCGUGGCUAUGUGGUCUACAGGGUUUUUGUUUGUUUGUUUGUUUGUUUGUUCAUUUACUCUGUGUGCCCUGUAGGGUAUCACCAACAUGUUGAAUAAAUAAAAUGUGGUUAUGUAAAAGCAGUGGCUUUAAAUGGCAAUUGGAAGAAUUCUUCUUGCUAUUCAGAAAUUUACCAAAACAGGUUUCAAUGUGUAGCUUGUGGUCACUUAGGUGAGGAAAAUCUGAUAUUUCCUUCACUUAUACCUUGUCUGUGUCAUAGGUAAUAAAAAUUAAAAACCCUCCUAUGGGCUAAUGAAAUUAUAACUACAUAGUUAAUCAUAUAAGAAGAUCCCAGUUAUUCUCAUCUUGACCACAUCUAAACUGCAUUUGAUGGAAUAAUUUUCAAAUUAAGAAAUAUGUUCUAGGAGGAAACCCACAGACAGUAACAAUAGGGUGAGACUUAUUUGACACAAACUGAGCCUGAAUCUCAAAAUGGGGUCUCAGUUAAGUCUCCUGUUGGAGUCAAGAACUUUUCAGGUUCCGGUUGUGUUUCAUAGGUGUGAUUUUGAAGAAUGUUGCUUACUGGGGAGGAUGUAGGACACAAUGCUCACUUUUCUCUUUACCACUGAAGUAAAUUAAUAAUAAAGGAAAGUUUCCAAGCUUACCUUAAACUAAAGCAAGUGACCACGAUGUGGCUACCUUCAUCUGUGUUAAAUCACCUCCUAAGUACCCAGACAGGGUUGUAUUGCAUCUUCAGUGCAAGCAGUAAGGGACAUUCCUAUGCAGCUCUUUAGUGGACCAUUCCAAAGCUAAAAUAAUUUACUUAUGCUGAGGUGUGGGGAGGGUUGGGGGGAGCCUGCAGUGUGGCUAAGCUUUGAGGGAAUUUUUAAGGGAAUCUAAGGAAAAAAACCGGUUUUAUAACAUGAAAACUGUCUUGAGUGGGGAAUGUUAGAAAAGGUUUGUUCAGUAAAGGAAUAUCAUACUAUUCGAUGCAAUUGAGAUCAGUGCUUUUCUUGAAUGGUCCUCUGCUGCCAUUUGGAAAUGAUCAACAGGACCCUUUCCUAGAGUUGAUGUUACCUCAGAAAGAAUGAAACAGUUACUGGACAAACCCAAUUACUUAACUAAAAAUUUUUUAUACACACAACUUUAAAAGUUCUUUAUUUGAUUUGUCAAUAAUCUCUUGGCUUCUGAAUGUUCUGACUUAAAGACAGUUUACAAGUUAUGGUAUGAUAUAUUUUUCUAGCUUUGAAAUUUAGUAGUGUGCUAUUUAUUAUGUGUUGUUUCUGUGUGUUUGCCAUAUGAUGUUACCUGAUUUAACAAUCACUCAGAGAAAACAAAGCCUUCUGAGAGACAGGUGCAUUUGCUAUUGCAAGGUAGAGGAAGCUUUUCUUGUUUUUAAACUCAAUGUUAAAAUAAGGGCAGUAAAGCCAAAUGGGAUAUGGCAAAAUAAAAACAGAAAAUGCUGGUCCUGGAGUUGUGAAUUGCAUACAACUUUUAAAGGUUUGUUUUUCUUCUCAAUAUUAAUUUCUUAGGUUGUUACAGAAUCACAGCAUCAUAAUACAACUUCCAGUCCUUGUCAGAGAUUUAGGAGUGAUUGACUAGUCCAGCAAGAGCUACUUUGUUCUAUAUAAGAGCAAAUGUGGUGAAUAUUGUAAAAGCCACAAAAUGUCUAAUUUUAACUGUGUAGAACAUGUAAAUUUUUGUUAACAUGUAGUAAGCCAAAAUGCAGAGGUGUAAAUAAAGUUAUUCAAAGGGAGUCUUGCAUAUUUUUCUAACAUUUAGGGUAAUGCAUUGAGGAUACGUAAUUUUUUAAGAAAUAAAACUCAAAAGGUAUUUGUUGAAAUAUACUUGAAGAUGCUUCAGUUUGGAAGUUUGAAUAUAUAGAAAUAAUAUAGUCUUACUUAGAUACUUACUUACUUUCUUCUUCCAAAGGAAAGGUCCCUAACUACAGAAAGUAUAUUCAUUGUCUUGGUGUGAUGUAUCCUUGUAUCUUUACUUAGAUACCUGAUGAAUUCCAAAGAUUUUUUUAGAGAUUGUUUAAUAAAUGGCAAUAUGGCCACCUUUAGUAAAUGAGAUUAGCAUUCAUCAAUUUAUAUAAGACCUGCAGAAAUAAAAUUUUAAAUGGAGAAAAUGUCUCCCAUAUUCCUAGGAAAGCUAAAUUGAGAUCAAACUAUUUCUUUCAAGGUUAUCCAGCGUGUUUGGUUCAGUCCUACAUUCUACAAUAUAUUUUUUAAUCAUUACACCAUUGAAAGGCAGUUGCUCAGGAAUGGCCACAAUCCAAUAUCUGGCUUUCUGAAAAGGUAGUCCCUAGGGACAGAAAAAGAUGUGUCACAAAUUCUUUAUUUUUGAGUAUGAGCCAAAUUAAAAGCUCAGCUGAUUUUGAAAUAUAACUUCAGAAAUGUCUAUCAUGUGCUGUUUACCUCCAUUAGUGUUCUUGGAUGCACUACAUUUGUACAGAAAUUUUCACAAAAAAAUGUAUUCUUGAUAUUCUGAAGUCCAUCUGGACAUUUGUUCAACAUUAUCUAUAAACACUGUAGUGUUCUAUUUCAUUCACUGUAAUGUGCUAACUGAAUUUUAAUUAUGUAUUUUCAAAAAUCACACUUUCUAUAUUAAGUAAAUGUUUGCAGUUACACCAUUUACUUCUGAAUUCAUGCCAAGAUUUCGUUGACAGCCAAGGUACAGCUUGCAUGACUUUAGUCUCUUUUGGAAAGACACUGAAAAUUCAAGUAAACUCCCAAGUGCUUAGCAUGCUUUCAUAUGUGCUUAAUAAGGCCCAGCCCUGGUGUUUGUAGGCUCCAUUACACAUUGCCCGGGGUAGUCAUAGUAUAGUUCUCACACCCAUGAAACUCAGUCUGUCUCCUACCUCCAAAUUAUUCACCUUUGUUAGGACAAAGCUCAAGUAGAUCAACCAAAUACUUUAAAGUUAUGAAUAAUUUAUUGUUUAAUUAUCUAUAUUCCCUUCCAUCUAGCUGUCUCUGCAUAAACACAUUAUGGCCAAAAUGUACUUACUUUAGCAUAUUUUUCUUACACUGUUUUCCAAGCAUUUGAAAUUCUCAUAUCCACUUCUUGCAGUGUUUACAGAUAAGGUGCUUUCUUUCACUUAUAAACAUUUGGGAGUGAUAUGGUUGCUAGCUCCUUGCUUCAUCAUCUGCUGACUAUUUUAAGACAGUUUGUAAUUUCCGCAUACUUGUGUUUACAACAAUAAAAUGAUGGAUAUGC